CAAAGACGCCACACACUGAAUUAUUGCGUCAUUCUUUUUCAUCAAAUUUUAUUGUUUUUUCUUUGUUUAAAUUAAUUGAGUUGUGAACUAAUAGUAGUGGAAAAUACAGUGAAUUACACAGUACAUCACGUGUCUUGUUUUCCUGGCAAUUUUUGGUCACUACGACCCGCAUAGUUUCUCUCAAUAAUCACGUGUUCUUUUCCUUUCACGCUAUCACACCGAAGGUAGAGGAAGAGGAGACUCUAACAACAUUCAAGCACUCACUAACGUAUCCUUCUUUCUUUCCGGCACUCAUACACAAGCAGUGGAUUUCACGCACUCUGUUCGUCCACUAAGCAGCACCACAUAACUGGCAAUCAAUAUAAAAUGCGAGAUGGAAGCCACACGAGCGGCGAUCAGCGAGGUUCGGCGGUUGAGGCCCAUAAUUUAAUUAUUCAGUUAUCGCAACACAUUCCCAGUGAAUGGUUGAAAAGUUUCCUCGCGAGAAAAUGAAUGCGCCGUUUCAAUAUCUCCAAUUCCGGUAAUCGCGUCACUUUUACUUAUCGCGCAUUGCACCUUAUCAGCCAAUAUAUUGGGGGUGUUCUCGUAUGUUUUUCUUUGCGCAAUAAUCAAGGUGUGUGUGAAAGCUCCUUUAUUGAUAUUUUAUGUAACAUUCUGUGCUAUGUGAUGUUCUGUGCUCAUUUGAAGGAAUAUUGUGAAGAAAAAGUAAAAUAAAAUCAUCAAAAAAUGUUUGUAUGAGUGCAAAGAGUGGCGUUUCACGGCUUCUCUAAUCACCGCUUUAUAAAUUAUCUAUCUCUCUCUCCCUCUCUAUUUCCUCCACACAAUUAAUUGACUGUAGAAAAUUGUAUAUGGAUGUGCUUUCGCGCAGGUUUUUAUUCAAUUCAUUUUUUCUGUUCUAAAUGAAAUCUCAUCGAAUGAUUCGCACGUGGUGAAUGAAAUUUCCCGCCAAAAGUAUGCCUGAAGGAAGUGUUGGUGCUGCAGUGGAAAAAUCUCCUCAAGUGAUAUGCUACGCCGCGGUGGAUUGAGAUUUCUACAUAGAAAAUUGGGCUUUUUCGGCUUAAUAGGCUCAACAUUGGUUUUCAUCUUCUACACACUCACCAUCCUUCCGCCCAUUGAUGUUAAAAUACGUCGCAAAGUGAUACCCAUUGAACCAAUACUCAACUUAUCGCAAAGUGAUUUUAUCGGAAAUUCAGACCAACUCCCUGCAUUCGAGGAGCACUAUUUUAAUCUCACCGCCAGCAAUUUUUUAUCCAGUGGCCGUGCUAUUCCCGAUACUCGACCACCAAGAUGCAGGACGAAGGAGUAUGUACUGAAUGCAAAGAAAAAUGUAUCUGUGAUAGUGGCGUUUCACAAUGAGGCCAAAUCAGCUCUCUUGAGAACCAUUUCCAGCGUAAUCAAUCGUACACCACCAGAUCUACUCCAUGAGAUAAUCCUCAUUGAUGAUUUUAGCAGGAAUGAACUCAAUGCAAAUAUUCUAGUGAAUAUACCAAAAACUAAACUAUAUAGGAAUGCGGAACGAGAAGGACUCAUUCGUUCGAGGAAAAUUGGAGCAUUGAAAGCAUCAGCUGAGUACAUUGUCUUCCUCGAUAGUCACUGUGAAGUGAAUGUGGGCUGGAUUGAGCCCCUCAUUGACCGACUAUCCUACAAUCCAGGAGCCCUUGUGAGUCCCAUAAUUGACAUUAUUGACGCCGCGACGUUUGAGUACAAAGCCACGUCGACAAAUCUGAAGGCAGGCUUCGACUGGAGUUUGCGUUUCAAGUGGAUCCCCCGCUCGGAUGAGGAACUCCAAACAAAUCACGAUGAAACCUCCUCCUUUGCCAGCCCCACCGUCUACGGGGGAAUCUUUCUCAUUUCCCGCAUGUGGUUCCAUCAACUCGGCGGCUUUAGUAGUGAUCUCGAAAUAUGGGGUGGGGAAUCCCUGGAAAUCUCCCUCAAGGCAUGGAUGUGUGGUGGUCAAGUGGAAAUUGCUCCGUGCAGUCGUGUUGGGCAUGUCUUCCGCAAAAAGCAUCCAUAUGACUUUCCCCAUGGGAGUACUCACACCUUCUUGCGCAAUUCGAAGCUCAUUGCUGAGAAUUGGUUGGAAGAGUACAAACACUUCUUCUACUUUGCCCGACCCAAUGCUCAGGGAAUCAAGAUUAAAGGGAACACCGAUGUGGGGAUUCUUAAAGAGAAACUCCAAUGUCGCACCUUCUCCUGGUACCUCCAAACUGUCUUCCAUGAACUCAAGCUUCCAAAUGAGGAGCAUAUUGCCUUUGGGGAGUUGAAGCAUGAGGAUCGUUGCCUGGCAGUUACCACUGAUGCUGGGAGGCAGCGGCACAUCCAGCUGGGAAGUUGCUAUGAGAUGGGAGAAACCACAAAAUGGGCCCUUCACAACUACACCGGAGCCCUGAGCCCCGAUUCCGGGGGUUGUGUCAAUGUUUUCCAGAGUUUGGUCAUUUUGGAGUAUUGCCGUAAUUCCGCAGCACAGAAAUGGGUGCGCAACGGAGGGAAUCUCAUUCAUGCCACCACCGGUAAAUGCCUCGAGAGUCUCGUUGGACCCACAGUGGCUGUCUCAACAUGCCGCUACGGAUCUCAGUCGCAGCUAUGGAGUUUUUCAGUUGAAGUUCAGCAGCAGUAGAGCUGAGAGAAAGCAACCACGUCACUCCCUAUUGUGCUACAAUUUAUUUAUUUUCUACCCGAGCGGCUCUUUGUUCUUAAAACCCAAUCACAGCGACGACAAACCCCAUCCCCCGACUCAGUGGCGAAUCUGCGGCAUCGUGGACAGAGGGGAGACUCAUUGGUGCUGAGGUGAAUCCUAAAAUCUGCAUUGUCCUCAAUUUUAGUCAAGCGAACCCGGGAAACUUGGAGGACUUCACUCAAUUGCGACCCAAAGGAUUCCUCGUUGCUACACUCAGGUUGAAGUUUCUGCAGAAGAAAAUAAAUAAAGAGAAAUACAAAAA